CCAGUACCGCGGCGUCAGCUGAGCGCGAUCGACGCCAUAUUUGUUAUUUAAAACUUUUUAAUUUUUACUUAUUAAAAAUGUCGCACCAAGGACCUGCGUUCGAUGUGAACGCGAUGACGUUGACGCGAUGGGUGCUUGCACAGCAGAGGACGGCACCUUCGGCCACGGGGGAUCUCACACAGCUGCUCAACUCCAUUCAGACGGCGGUCAAGGCCAUUCAGUCGGCUGUCAGGAAAGCCGGUAUUGCUAAAUUGCAUGGCAUCUCUGGAGACACGAACGUGCAAGGCGAGCAGGUCAAGAAGCUGGACGUGCUGUCCAAUGACCUGUUCAUCAACAUGCUCAAGUCUUCCUUCACCACCUGUCUUCUGGUGUCCGAGGAGAACGACACCGUUAUCCAGGUGGAAACAGAGCGUCACGGGAAAUACAUCGUGUGCUUCGAUCCUCUGGACGGGUCGUCCAACAUCGACUGUUUGGUGUCCGUCGGUUCUAUCUUUGCCAUUUACAAGAAACAAUCAGACGGCGAGCCAUCAGUGUCCGACGCCCUUCGCCCCGGCAGAGAGCUCGUGGCGGCAGGCUAUGCUUUAUACGGCUCUGCUACCAUGAUGGUGCUAUCUCUUGGUACUGGCAGAGGAGCACAUGGCUUCAUGUACGAUCCUAGCAUUGGGGAGUUCAUCCUGACUGAUCCUAAUAUGAAGAUUCCGGAGAAGGGGAAUAUAUAUUCUUUAAAUGAAGGUUACGCCGCGGAAUGGGAGCCAGGCCUAAAGAAGUACGUAGAAGAGAAGAAGAACCCGAGCAGCGGGAAGGCAUACGGCGCGCGCUACGUCGGCUCCAUGGUGGCUGACGUGCACCGCACCAUCAAGUAUGGCGGCAUCUUCAUGUAUCCUGCCACCAAGUCCGCUCCCAAUGGAAAGCUCCGUCUCCUUUACGAAUGCAAUCCGAUGUCGUUCAUCGUGACAGAAGCGGGCGGCAUCGCCUCCAACGGCAAGAUCCCCAUCCUGGACAUCAAACCCACGGCCAUACACCAGCGCGCCCCGUGCUAUCUCGGCUCCAAGAAGGACGUAGAAGAACUGCUCCAGCAUUUGAAGUGAAACUUAUUAGCUGAGAAACUUUUGCUUAAUAUAAAUGUGUCAAAAGUUCUUAGAUGGAGAUUUUUCUCUUGGAAACUUACAUUUUCGAGAAUAUUCCAUGAAAGUCAAUAAGAAUUAAGACUGAAAAUAUACGUAUCGAUUUUA